GGGGAGCCGGCCCUAAUGGAGCCCAUAGGUCGGGCUGAAUGCCACCAGACCUCAGGGGGUUUUGCUACAUAUGAUCGCCUCUGAUUUUGCCUUCGGUUCCUCUGCAGCUUCACUCCUGUCUCACUUUUCUCUCUGAGAUUUGCACAAAUGUGCUGUGUGCGCAGAGCAACGCGAGUGUGUGAAAUGUUCUGCUCUCCUGUCCCCGCCGGCCGCAGAGAAAGGAUGGUGGCCGACAUCAUGAACUCCGCUGGGUCCGCGGGCCGCCGCUGGAGCCCAUUCCGCAGCAUCAAGGUGUUUGUGCUGUGCCACAGUCUGCUGCAGCUGGCUCAGCUUCUUGUGUCAGGCUACAUGAAGAGCUCCAUUUCCACCAUCGAGAGGCGCUACGGCCUGUCCAGCCAGAAGUCCGGGAUCCUGGCCGCCUUCAACGAGGUGGGGAACACCGUCCUCAUCGUCUUUGUAAGUUUCUUCGGCAGCCGCGUCCACCGGCCGCGGUACAUCGGGGGCGGAGCUCUGCUGGCGUGCUUGGCCUCGCUGCUGAUGGCGGUGCCUCACUUCCUGAGUGGACACUACAUCUACACGGACAUGAUCACCACGUCCACCAAUAACAAGUCCGGCCUCUGCUUCUCCUCGUUGCCCUCCAACCAGACGUGCCACAAGAAGGACAGCGACACCCAGUGGGCCGUCUACCCGCUGCUGCUGCUGGGCCAGCUGCUGCUGGGUAUCGGCGCCGUUCCCAUCCAGCCCUUCGGCAUCUCCUACAUCGACGACUAUGCCAGUAGGAGGAACUCUCCGCUCUACCUUGGUAUCCUCCUUGCCAUGACCUCCAUUGGCCCGGCGCUCGGCUUCGUCACCGGAUCCUUCCUUCUGCGCUUCUAUGUGGACUUUGACAAACUGCCCAGAGGUGAGAUAGAGCUGGAACAGAAAGACCUCCGCUGGGUCGGGGCCUGGUGGCUGGGUUUCCUCGUCGCCUCCAGCUUCCUCUUCCUCACUGCUCUGCCGUACCUAUUCUUCCCCAGAGAGAUGCCCAAAGAGAAUGCAGAGGGCGACCAGGAGUCCAGAACCGACAUCGAGCCGCCGCCAAUGACCGACCCCGUGAGGGAUCUCACCCUGCUCCAGUUCCUUAAAAGUUUCCCUCGCAUCGCCCUGCGGACGCUGAGCGGGCCCAUCUACCUGCUGGUGGUUCUGGCGCUGGUCAACAUGGCAGCGCUGGUUUCCGGCCUCGCCACCUUCAUGCCCAAGUUCAUCGAGAAGCAGUUCAGUCAGACCAUUCCCUUAUCCAACAUGAUGAUCGGGGGAAUCGGGAUGCCGCUGGCGGUGCUGGGCGUGGUUCUAGGUGGAGCUCUGAUGCGACGGUUCAACAUGUCAGUCAGGGGCGCCAGCAAGCUGUGCACAGCGGCCAUCUUGCUCUGCCUGAUCUCCGCCCUGCCCAUGAUCUUCAUCGGCUGCUCCACCCAGAAGGUCGCUGAGGUUUACCCUGACAGGAACAGUUCCCCAAAGUGCAGCGCUGGCUGUGGCUGUCCUCCUGACGCGUUCAAUCCCAUCUGCGGUUCCAAUGGCGAGGAGUACAGGUCUCCGUGCCACGCCGGCUGUUUGAACAAAGUAAUGGACGCAGACAACAAACCCACGAACUUCACAAACUGUCGGUGCAUCUAUGACGGUUCUGGUUCGGCCCAGCCCGGGACCUGCGGCAGUGGCUGUUCCCACCUCCUGCUGCCCUUCAUCAUCCUGAUGGGGAUCACCAGCUUCAUCAUCUCCUUCACCCAGACGCCCUCCUACAUGAUGGUACUCAGGACGGUUCCGCCUGAAGAUAAGUCCUUUGCUGUAGGAGUUCAGUACAUGCUGUUCAGAGUCCUCGCAUUCCUGCCCGGCCCGGUUCUCUAUGGCAGCAUCAUUGACACCACCUGCAUCCUGUGGGGUGAGAAGUGCGGACAGCGGACUUCCUGUCUCUACUACAACCUGGACGGCUUCAGAAAGAGGUUCCUGGGUCUGAUGGUGGUGUUUGUCUGCGGAGCGCUGCUCUGCUUCCUGCUGACCAUGGUCGCCCUGAGAAGACGAGCCGGAGCUUUCCAGCUGCCGCUCAGAACCAAUGGACGCUACGAGAUGGUGGGAGAGCAGAAAGCUCCGGAGAAAGAGCAGACGGCUCCGGAGAAAGAGCAGACGGCUCCGGAGAAAGAGCAGACCCCAAUGAAGACCUGAAGAGAGGCAGCAGGAGGACAAGCAGGAAGUGCUCCUAACUGCAACAGGAAGUGCUCCUGACGGGAACAGGAAGCUGCCCACUGUUUCUUCUGGUGUUGGCAUAAAGA